AUGCUGGCGCUGGGGCAGAUGGACGGCGCGCCCCGGCAGGGCGCCUUCCUGCUGGGCAGCCCGCCGCUGGCCGCCCUGCACAGCAUGGCCGAGAUGAAGGCGCCGCUGUACCCCGCGUACCCCCUGCCCGCCGGGCCCGCCUCCUCUUCCUCUGCCUCCGCCUCGCCCGCCUCCGCCUCGCCCUCGCCGCCGCUCGGCUCCCCCGGCCUCAAGGCUCCCGCCGCCGCCGCCGCGGCGGGCGGGCUCUCGGCGCUGGGCACGGCCCCGCCGCAGCUCUCGGCCGCCACCCCGCACGGCAUCAACGACAUCCUCAGCCGGCCCUCCAUGCCCCUGCCGGGCGCCGCGCUCGCCUCCGCCUCGCCCUCCGCCUCCUCGGCGGCGCCCGCCGGGCUGCUGGCCGGGCUGCCCCGCUUCGGCAGCCUCAGCCCCCCGCCGCCGCCGCCGCCUGCCCUCUACUUCAGCCCUGGGGCCGCCGCUGCCGCCGCCGCCGUGGCCGCCGGGCGCUACCCCAAGCCGCUGGCCGAGCUGCCCGGCCGGACGCCCAUCUUCUGGCCGGGGGUGAUGCAGAGCCCGCCCUGGAGGGACGCCCGCCUUGCUUGCGCCCCCCAUCAAGGCUCAAUUUUGCUGGAUAAGGACGGAAAGAGAAAACAUACCAGACCCACUUUUUCUGGCCAGCAGAUUUUCGCUCUGGAAAAGACUUUCGAGCAGACGAAGUACCUGGCGGGCCCGGAGCGUGCCCGACUGGCUUACUCCCUGGGGAUGACGGAGAGCCAAGUCAAGGUCUGGUUCCAGAACCGACGGACCAAGUGGCGGAAGAAGCACGCGGCGGAGAUGGCGACGGCGAAGAAGAAGCAGGACUCGGAGACGGAGCGGCUGAAGGGCGCCUCGGAGAACGAGGAGGAGGACGACGACUACAACAAGCCUCUGGACCCCAAUUCGGACGACGAGAAAAUAACUCAGCUGCUGAAGAAACACAAGCCGGGGGGCGGCGGGCUGCUGCUGCACCCCCCCGAGGGGGAGGCCUCCGUCUAGCCCUCUCCGCCCGCCGCCGCUUUCGGAGAUGUACAGAUCUAUUUUUCUAGACUCUACGCGCCCGGGAGGAGGAGGAGAAGCCGG